GAGAACGCGAAAGAAGGCAUGUGCGCAGAUGAAACGUGGCUACCGCAAUGGUAUUCCAGAAUGAUGAAACACAUUGUUUCUCGCUAACAAAAAAGACGUAAACCCGGCGACACUAACAGUUUCCGAACCGCAGAGAAUCUUGGCCACUGAACGGCAAGAUGGCGAGCCAGAGCAUGCACCGCGACGCUCGGUCCGUGUCCUGCCAGGAGGUCACCGAUGACUACGCGCGGCUGGAGGAUCAGAUGAACAAUGACCACCUGCAGAAACUACAGCAGAUAUUUGAGGAGGCGGACGAUGACGGCGGAGGAGGGCUGGACCCGGACGAGUUCCGCCAGGCCAUCAAGAGGACCAUGGGAAACAAGACCGUGGACGAUCACGAGCUGGAAAUCCUCUUCAUGAAGGUCGACACCAACUGUGAUGGGACGGUGGACUGGGAUGAAUACCUGUCCUACAUGCUUCUGGAAUAUCAGGAGAAGGACAUAAUGUCCACUACAUUUCGCGAGGUGCCGUUCCCCAUGCCGCUGCGGGGAAUUCCCAGUUCUCAUCGCGACACGAUCAACUCGAUCUCGUACUACCAGCUGCUGACGAACCGGCACGGUGUGAUGGCCAACGACGCGGACAACCCCGGCGGCCGGUACAUCACCAUGAGUAAGGAAGGCGUCAUCAACUUCUGGAACUCCGAGAUGAUCGCGCUGCAGCGGACCGUCACGCUGGAGCAGCCGAGGGACAAGACGAUGUCUCUGUGGCUGACGGACCUUGUUGCCAUGGCAAAUGUCAACAUGGUGGCUAUCUCGUCAUCGGAACGUGAAAUAAGUUUCUAUGAUUGCUCAGCAACCAAGUUCGAACUGCAGUUCCAGGUCACAGCGUUGGACAAAGCUGUAAUGACUAUGGACUACUGGUUUGACUACAAUAACCUGAACAACUGCAUGUUGCUGAUGGGGGAUGCUGGUGGGAACGUCUCUAUAAUUAUCUUCUCUGAAGCCUGCAGUGCAGGACUGUUUGGAGACUCAGCUCUCACAGGCGGCUGCAAGCGGAUCCCAUUUGUGGCUCUGCAGCAGGGUGCUGUGAAGGGUGUGAAGGCAGUGCAACAUCAUCUGCACAAUGACUGGGUAAGGAGAGUGAUGUACUGCAGUGAGUCUGGCUUUUUCCUCUCCUGUUCUGUGAACACUGAGACUGCACUGUUUGCCGGGGACAUUAACCUGAAGAAAAUGCAUUCAUUCUUCAAGAUCAGGAAAGGAGUGUGCUCUGUGGACUUCUGUAGCAUCAAAAACGUUAUUGCGACUGGUGGCAUGGACUGGACAGUACGUAUCUGGAACCCUUACGUCACCACAAAGGCCACCACGGUGUUCCGUGGUCACAACUCAGCUGUGCUGCAUGUCAUGUGGACAGACCAGGGUCAGCAUAUCGUGUCUGUGGACAAGGGGAAGAACAUGAAGGUGUGGGAUGUGCGUGAGCACAACUGUGUGCAGAGCAUCCCAGCCAGGAACGUCCCCAUGGGCCACCACCCCAUCAACGUGUCCUGCUACAGCAAGAAGACUGACUCCAUCAUCCUGGCCAACAACAUGCUUGCUGUGUUUGACCGUGUAAAGAUAGAGGAAGACAAAGAUGCCCUGGAGACCAUGUCACAUGAACAACCCAUCUGCUCCAUCCUCUACAAUGAUCUCUUUGAUGUGAUAGUGAGUGUCAGCCAUGAUGACAUGAUCCAUGUGUGGAACAUUGACAAUGGUGAGAAGGUCAUCCAGUUCUCCAUACACCAUGGGAAAGAAGAAAACUGUCCUGAAAUUACCGCAAUGUGCUUCGACCCCACCAAACGUCGUCUGAUUACUGGGACAAAGACAGGCCAGGUCCAGAUAUGGAACUUCAACAAUGGAGCCUUGUUAAAGGACUUUGAUGACGUGGAUACAGCCGAGGUGAAAAGCAUCAUAUGCUACAAGCAGCACAUUGCAGUGUCAGGCUGGAACAGGAGGGUUGUCUGCCACCUGGAUGCCAAAGGAGAUGAGGAUGAUGACACUAAGGUGUGGCCUGUGCGCCACGGAGAAGACAUCUUGUGUUCCUCCUACUACAGUCCACUGUCCAUUCUGGCAACAAGCUCAUAUGAUGGGGACAUCAUCCUGUGGUCAGCAGACACUGGACAUGUCCUGUGUCGACUGAACGCCUUCCACGGUGCCUUCCCCAUGUCUCCUAUCUGCUUCGGCAUACAGGGGGAAACUUCACGUGAAAACCUGGUCAAAGUCUGGCAUAGGCCCAUCAAAUCCAAUGCAACUAGUCCUGGACCAGCUGACAGCCAGCAAGAGAAAGACCGGUCAAAAAGUGGUACACCAGAGAAGACCCAGCGUGACAUGAGCUGUAGGGAAAAGCAGUCUGACCCAGAUACUGCACAGGACCAGGAGAUACAGAAUCUCCCUGGCAAGUUUGAUGCGAGAAAAGCCAGCAUAGGUUGGGGAGGUAUGAUGGGGGACCAAGCAAAAACGAAUGAGAGCUCCCACUCUGUGGAACCGGUUGAGUACUAUGAGGAGAGUUGCCGCAGGGUCAGUAAGUACACCGUGUCCGUGGACAAGAUCGUUUUUCUGUCCACCCGGGAGAACAACAAGGACACGGCCAUCCUGCUGGCCACCGGGGCGGACGGAUGGGUCCGGGCCUGGUCCAUUCACCACAAGGGGGGCAUGCUGGGACAGUUCCGCGCCACCCAGCCAGGGGCCGGCAUCCUCGCCAUGGAAACGGACUCGAACAACGACAUUCUGUUGACUGGAGAUACAGCAGGGUAUGUCAAGGUGUGGGAUAUCCGCAGAUACUGUAUCAAGAAUCCACCACCACCUGGUGAUGCCAAGGACAAGGAAAUCCAGAGCAUUUUCCCAUUUCUGAACUCAGAUAUCGCCUAUGUGUACAGCCUCAAAAUGCGUGCAAUAGAAAGAAAGUGCAAAGAUUUGGGCUACCAUUUGCCGGUUGAUUUUGACGUCGAUCAACGAGGGAUGAACCUGACCGCUCCCCCCCUCCUGAACUCCUUCCGUGGCCACACCAAAGCAGUGGUGGAGAUCCAGUACCUGGAGGACCGGAGACUGAUCGCCACGGCAAGUUCAGACUGUACCAUCCGUCUGUGGACUGCCUGUGGCAGGUACAUAGGUACUUUUGGACAGAAGAACCCAUGGACAAAGCUUGAGAAGGUGGUGCGUGCCAAGAGGCUGCCCAAGCAAACACCUAUGGAUAUUGUCCGUGUGGGCUCUGCAACAACCAUGAAAGUGCUAAAUGGAGGGAUACGUCCCAAGUGGAGACUGGCUCGCAACAUCUUGAUGAUGGUCGCAAGAGAGAAAAUUCAGUGGAAGAGAAAAGUCGAACGUGGAGAAGUUUCAGCAGAUGCAGAAAUGGAAGAAGCACAGGCAGUCACACAGCACAAAGCCAACAAGGUCAGAUUUGCAGAUGUAGAAGAGAUCCUGAAGAUGGACAUGGACCAGACACAUUUACCACCAGUCCUACAGAAGACAAGCUCAGAUCUACUUCAGAAGCUGCCAACCCCUUCAAGUGACAUCUUGCGUGGCGGCUACCGCCCCCAAACUCACCACCGCAUGCCUCCCCACCUGCCCAAGCUCCGGCAGUUCCAGACACAGGUUGCAGUGUACUCAUCCAUCCCCUACAGCAAGUUACAGCCAGUUGCCCUGCCACGUACACCAGACAUUGUGCGUGAAAUCCAUGCACGCCAACAGAAGGAACAGGAGCGGACCCCACUGGGUGUUGCCGCAGGGAAGGUCAAUGACAUCAUUCGUGCCAACCGAGUCUUCCGCGCUCUGAGGCCAAGCAAAACGUCUAAGCCGAAGAAAUCAUCAAAAUCAAUGAAUACUACCUAGAUUACAUAUCAUAAUUCAACCAUGUUGAAAAUCGGGUUUGGUUCCAAUCCAAUGUAUCUGCC